AUGUCUCAGCGCCUCCACCAUCGCCACCGCCGCCACCUGACCUCGGAUGGUAUGCCACAAGAGAGGCAGAUCUCUUCAGCGCCUUGUUGGCCUCACUUUUUCACCAUGAGCGGCGGCGGCGUCACUAGGGUUUCGAUUCCGCACAACGCUCGGAUGGUAAUUCAAGAAAUCAAAAAGACCAUAGGAUCCAAGAACAUCGAUGGGUUCGUGUACACAACGUCAAAGACUGUGAUAUGGAUCCUAAGGAAGCUAACAAGAAAGGGAUAUGGUGUUACUAAUCACCAAGAGAGGGAUUCAAGGCUAAUCGUUACAGUUGAUUCUGGAAACGUAAACAAUGGUGCACAUGUGGCAAAUUCUGUUUCCAAUGGCAAUGGUACAUUGGCUGUAUCUAAUGGGAGCUACAGUGAUAAGGUUGCACUUGCACCUGAAUCAUCUUCUACUUCAGAUACUGUUGUGGUUUCCUCUAAGAUCACUUGUGCUGUUGGUACUAUACAAUGUGAGAUUGUAAAAUGCAGUGGCUCUACUAAAUCAAAUUCCAGACUUCCAGCUGGAACUGGAAUUAAGUUGAAGGAAUUGAGAUCUCUGAAGCCUCUUUCUUUAUCGGCUGUCAGUCCCAAUAAGGAUAACCAGCCUCCUCAAUUAUUACAUGAGCCUGUAUCUGGUUGUGGUGAAAAGGGUGUAGAAAAGUCAAGGCAUCAGGCUGUUAUUUUCCCUAAUCAUCUCCAAGUCCCUGAAAAUUAUAAAAGUCAGUUGACAUUUGGAGGUUUCGACGAGGGUGUAGAAAAGUCGAGGACUUUUGCAUCGGCUGGACCAGUUGGGAUGGCUAGGGGUUUCUUUCUCUGUUUGUCUUGGCACAUACACACAAACCACUACUACUCACCCUUUCUUUCUCUGUCUAGGGCUAUGAAUAUCCACAAAAGUUACAUGAUAAUUUUUUACAGGUUACCAUCAAACCCAAGUAGCUUCCAGUCAUUUUGUAAAUCAAGUUAUUCAUCUCUAAUCGGAUAUCUAAGAACUCGGAAAAACCGUAUCAAUGUGAUUUCAAAUUGUUGGUUGGCUGCUAUAAGCGUUCUAUUCUCAGCAAGAAAUUUACAGAUAAGUGAAGCAAUAUAG